UUCCUCUCUUCCCUCCCAAAGCAUCCUCGCUGCGAGCCCGCGCCCGCUCCUCCCUCGCACUCUCGAGCGCCUAAGGGGACUUUCUCGGGAGCCAGCCGGGUCCAGCCUCUCAGCGCAGUCGCAUCCCAGGGCCCGCGAAGCCGAGCCGCCAGCAUGUGGAACGCGACGCCAAGCGAGGAGCCAGGGUCCAACCUCACCCUGCGGGACCUGGGCUGGGACGCUCCCCGCGACAACGACUCGCUGGCGGACGAGCUGCUGCCGCUCUUCCCCGCGCCGCUGCUGGCCGGGGUCACCGCCACCUGUGUGGCGCUCUUCGUGGUGGGCGUCGCGGGCAACCUGCUCACCAUGCUGGUGGUAUCGCGCUUCCGCGAGCUGCGGACCACCACCAACCUCUACCUGUCCAGCAUGGCCUUCUCCGACCUACUCAUCUUCCUCUGCAUGCCCCUCGACCUCGUGCGCCUCUGGCAGUACCGGCCCUGGAACUUCGGCGACCUGAUCUGCAAACUCUUCCAGUUCGUCAGCGAAAGCUGCACCUACGCCACGGUGCUCACCAUCACCGCGCUGAGCGUCGAGCGCUACUUCGCCAUCUGCUUCCCGCUGCGGGCCAAGGUGGUAGUCACCAAGGGCCGCGUGAAGCUGGUCAUCCUGGUCAUCUGGGCCGUGGCCUUCUGCAGCGCCGGGCCCAUCUUCGUGCUGGUGGGAGUGGAGCACGAGAACGGCACCGACCCUUGGGACACCAACGAAUGCCGGGCCACCGAGUUCGCCGUGCGCUCCGGACUGCUCACCGUCAUGGUGUGGGUGUCCAGCGUCUUCUUCUUCCUGCCUGUCUUCUGCCUCACUGUGCUCUACAGCCUCAUCGGCAGGAAGCUGUGGCGGAGGAGGCGCGGCGAGGCGGCGGCGGGCGCCUCCAUCAGGGACCAGAACCACAAGCAAACCGUGAAAAUGCUGGCUGUCGUGGUGUUCGCUUUCAUCCUCUGCUGGCUGCCUUUCCACAUAGGGCGAUAUUUAUUUUCCAAAUCCUUCGAGCCUGGCUCGCUGGAGAUUGCUCAGAUCAGCCAAUACUGCAACCUGGUAUCCUUUGUCCUCUUCUACCUCAGUGCUGCCAUCAACCCCAUUCUGUACAACAUUAUGUCCAAGAAGUACCGGGUGGCGGUGUUCAAGCUUCUGGGAUUUGAACCCUUCUCCCCAAGGAAGCUCUCCACUCUGAAGGAUGAAAGUUCUCGGGCUUGGACAGAAUCUAGUAUUAAUACAUGACCAAGCACCUUGCUGAGCAAAGUCAUUGCUUAUUCCAAAGCGGAAGCCAUAGCACAACAGAACUUGGGAGAAAGUUGAAGGUUAAUUUUGGAAUUAGAGACACAUAGAUCUGGAAAUAACUGGAGGGAAAGAAAGGCUAGAAUCUGUAGUGUGCCAGCAGUUUGAUUGGAUUGCACACUCAUCAGUGCUCUCAUACACCAUUUCUGCAUUAUUCACUGCCUAUGAUUUCACGUUCUGCUGGUGGUGCUAGCAAGGGCUUUGCAAUUUGGACAAGGGAAUGGGUGCAGAGAGGGCAAUUAGGGCACUUCUUACUGGGUAAACACUAAACCUGAUUUACUUUUUCAUAAUGGUAAAAAAUUUAAAACAUGACCUUUAAAUACUAGCAGUUUUCAUAUAGCUCUAGAUCAGUGCUAUCCAAGAGAAAUAUAAUGCAAGGUACUUAAGGAGUUAAUGCAAAAAUUAUAAAUUAGAAUGCAAA